AUGGAGUCCGUGGCCCUGUACAGCUUCCAGGCCACGGAGCAGGACGAGCUGCCCUUCCAGAAAGGGGACACGCUGAAGAUCCUCAACAUGGAGGAUGACCAGAACUGGUACAAGGCUGAGCUGUUCGGCCGCGAGGGCUUUGUCCCCAAAAACUACAUCAAGGUCAAGCCACACCCGUGAGUACCGUCCCACCAGGCAGGCAACAAUCCCAAUUCCCAAUUUACAACAAGCCAGGGUAGUCCCACACUUGGGGAAAUCUCACAUUUGGGGAAACUGAGUCAUAGAGAUGGGGGGGGUGCUUUCCUUCCAUCCAUCCAUCCAUCCAUCCAUCCAUCCAUCCAUCCAUCCUCCUUCUGCAGCUAUGGGAAGCACGUCCAGCACUUCAAGGUGCUCAGGGAGAAGAACGGCAAAUAUUUCCUCUGGGAAGAAAAGUUCAACUCCCUCAACGAGCUGGUGGAUUUCUACAGGAUGACCACAAUCGCCAAGGAGCAGCAGAUUUUCCUGUGGGACGAGGACCAGACCCAGGAGGUGAGGAGACCCCGAUUUGUGCAAGCCCAGUUUGACUUCUCAGCCCAGGAGGGCUCCCAGCUGCCCUUCCUGCGUGGGGACAUCAUCGAGGUCCUGGGCUGCCCCGACCCCAACUGGUGGCAGGGGAAGGUCUACGGCCGUGUCGGGCUCUUCCCACGGAGCCACGUCCACCCCAUCCACAAGUGACCUUCAGGUUACCAUUGAGUGACCAUCCACGAGUGACCUUCAGGUUACCAUCCACAAGUGACCAUCCACGAGUGACCAUCCAUGAGUGACCUUCA